GGAGGAGACACACAGUUUGCCUCCACAGUGCUGCAAGGACAAGCGGCACAGACAGUGUGGUGAGCGACUUUGAGACACGGACACUUCACGGCUGCUCUCGUGUGAAGCUGCCCUUACGCCGCAGGACUCUGGCGGGACGGCCGUCACGGACCCGGGGCCGAGGAGGACCGGGAGGCAUCACCCUGGCGCCGAAAUAACCGAGAGACGUACCGUGACUGCCAGGGGGAGAAGGACAGACCGCCACGUCACACUCCUCGCUGAAAAAGGGACCCACUUUGACAGCUCGCUGUCCUACCUGCCCGUGAGAGAAGGGCAGUACUGGACUCCCCUGCGCUGACAGGUUCCCGCCUUCUCGCAUGUUCCUGUGCCCUGUAGCGUCCUCUGUAUACGGCUGUGGGGCUUCUGUGUAUGUCAGCGUGUGUUGCUGUUCUGUAACCUAGGCUACUGCACCUCACUUUCCUGUCCGGGAGUAUAUUAUGGGACUAGGUGCUGUGUUGUAGAGUGGUAUAGUGCAGCUCUGUGGUGAGACAGAUCCUGCCCUGUCGUGGAGCAUUCCACCUGACUGAGCCGUGUCACAGCGUAUACACAGCGGGCGCGCUGCCGGUGUUCAGUCACAUGAUGCAGACGGAGCGUAGCGCACUCUGUCCUGUUGCACACUGCUAGCUGGCCUCUGUCUGCGCGCCUGACGGCUUGCUGAGCUCUCCGCCGCCCCGCGCCCCGGCGUCCCUGCUGUUUCCGUGCUGCCAGCCGGGGCAACGUCCUCUCACCCCCCCUACCCUGAGACGGACCACACGCCCGCUGAGCCGCCAUGAGCGAGCCCAAGAAGGGAGAGUUGGAGAUGCGUGACAAGGCCAUGCUGCACCAGCAACGGCGUCUCAAGCAGGCCACCCAGUUCACCCACAAGGACUCCGCUGACCUGCUGCCCCUCGAUGGCCUCAAAAGACUCGGCACGUCCAAGGACCUGCAACCACACUGCAUAGUGCAACGGCGCCUCCUAGAGGGCAACAUACCGCGUCUGCGCGGUGAAGCCCGGGACACCACUGCGCGGGUGCGCUCCCCGCUAGCGGACAGCAAGGAGGGGGCGGAGCCAGAGGAGAAGAGCGAGAGCACGGCGGAUGACUCGACGGAAGAGAGGGAAUCCCCUGAGGAGAGUGAAAGGAGCUUAAGGUCUGAGGAGGAGGAAGAAGAAGAGGAAGAGGAGGAGGCCGGCAAGGCUGUGAGCAAAUCCGAUGGCCGGUGGCAGAGCGAGAAGGCAGCAAAUAAGAAAUCAGAUGCCGGCCGGAGAGACGAGAGCCUGAGAAUGGAGGAGAGGAAGACAGCCACGACCCUCACUGCUUUGGUGGUCCAGUGCAAGUGUUGUGACAAGGAAGUGAAGGCCUCCAUAAAUACUAACUGCCGGGUGAACCGCAUCUCCUACACCUGCUGCCGAAGACUCGGGCUGCUGCCUACUCCAGAGGGUCAAAAGGAACACAGCUGCCCCGUGACCACACUGCCCCCUACAGUGAAGGACCUCCAUCUGCAGCUGGGCAAAGGGAGGGUGCGGUGCUCUGCGCAUGUCGUUGAGGAGGACGUGUUUGAUCUGUGCCUGGGUCUCCAGACUCUGCUGGAACUGAAAUGUUGUGUGGAUCUCCAUGGCCGAGUUCUAAGGCUCCAUGGCUCUGGAGAGGAGCUACCAUUCCUGGAAACCUACAUGGAAAGCCUGUGCCAUCCUGACAACAACAAGAACCCAACCAUGUGACCUUUUCCAUGCCCCCCCACAUCUGGAGCAUUUGGUCUCUCCCUCCACAUGGUUCCUCACCUUGCUGGCUCGCCGUUGACCUCUAGGACGGGGUCCUUAUCUUCAAUAUUCAUCUAAACCUGAGGUUUCCAAACAUCCCCUUGAGGACUUCCAGCCAUUCCAUAUAAUACCACCACCAGAUAAUCGGAUUUAACUAAUCAAGUAGCCCGAUCAAACCCAUAAUUAGCAGAUUCAGGAAUGACAGACAGGUGAAAUGACCAAUGGUGCCCAAGAAGAGGAUAGGGAACCCUUGAUGUCCAUGUUUUAGUAGGAUCAUACCAUUUCUACUCAUUUGCAUUUUCUGUGUUCUAAAUUGUAUUCAUGGACAGAACCAGCGAAGCGCAUGUAGGGGGUGUUGUACUAGCUGUUGAAUCAUUGUUGGCAUGUAGCACAAGAAGCUAAUUUUCCCGUAUUUUGCCAAAACCGCUUUGAAUCUGCACAUUUACAUUAGAGACAAAGUGGAGACUCCAGGCUGUUGCAUCCUCUUUGUUUACCACCUUACCGAAUGAUCUUCAGCCCAGUGAAACACCUGCCGUACUGUGAGUCCCCUCACCCGAAGGUCACAUCCACUAAAAGCUGAUUUUCAGUACAUAAUUGUUUCCAGAGUUCUAAAAAAGCUAUUUGUGUCUGUCAAAUGAAAAAGUAGAGCACUGAAAUAUUUUUAGAGUUAUCGCCAUAGUGACAUUUAUUGAUUAUGCCCCCUGUGGACAGUAGAUGUUCCCGAUUUUGAACACUGUUUUCUAGCUGUUAGCCUUUGUAUCAAUGUGUGUGUGAAACGAAGGAGCUGUUUUGUUUCACUGACUUUAGCGUUGCACAUGGGAAAGAGGUAAUACCCACAAUUCCCCUUCCACAUGCCAACCAGAGGAGGCUGCCAAGACAAGGGCCCACUCGCUUCCCUUUGCUCUUUUCAUGGGACUAACCCUCCAGGCUGGUGCUUGAAACACUUUUUUGGUCGGAGAAAAAUAAUCUACGUCUAUGCUUCUCUUAUUCUUCUUUGGAUUAGCGUAGUUACUACUGACUAUAAAAGCUAACUGACUUCUUACUCAGUGUUUUCGAUUCAGAAUUGACUUUCGCUCAUCUCUGCUAUUGCCCUACCAGAGAAGAGCCACCUACUCCUUAAUCCUCACCCGAAGUGUCUGAUACGGUUCCCCGAUGAUUUGCUGACUGUAUGGAUAAUUGAUGAGCACUUAGAGUUCUCUCAACCAGAUUUAUGAGCCCUGCUGUAUCUGUUGGUCUGUAGUUAUUCACUGACACGUGACAGCUCUUUAUUUGCCUCUGAUGUUCUGUAGCAGUGAUGCAACGUGCGAGACGAAGAACUUAUGGGACGAGAUGUGCUGUUUGUGUUUGUUUUUUCCGAGCAGUAUUUUAUCAGCCUAAUAAAGAUAUGUAUUCUGGCUACAAA